AUGAGGGUGAUUGUGUUGGCUGUGGUUUGCAUCCCCUUCGCCGUGGCUUUGGAACGAGUCCCCCUCGUUCGAUUCAAAUCGAUCAAGAAGCAGCUGAAGGAGAAUGGGGAACUGGAGGAGUUUUGGAGGAACCACCACCCUGACAUUUUUGCUCGAAGGUACCUGCAUUGCUUCCCUGCAGAUGUGGCUUUAGCUGCAGGAGCUGCCUCAGAAAAGCUGUAUGAUUACAUGAAUGCGCAGUACUACGGCGUGGUGAGCGUCGGCACUCCGCCCCAGAGCUUCACCGUCGUGUUCGACACCGGAUCCUCCAACUUUUGGGUCCCUUCUGCCUAUUGCAUCAGCGAAGCCUGCAGGAUGCACCAGAAGUUUAAAUCCUUCCUGUCGGACUCGUACGAGCACGGAGGGGAAGCCUUCUCCUUGCAGUAUGGCACAGGACAACUUCUGGGUGUUGCUGGCAAAGACACGCUGCAGAUAAGCAACAUUUCCAUCAAGGGACAGGACUUUGGCGAGUCAGUGUUUGAGCCAGGACUGACCUUCACCCUCGCCCACUUUGAUGGCAUCCUGGGCUUGGCCUACCCCUCCUUAGCAGUGGGCAAUGCUCUGCCUGUGUUUGACAGAAUCAUGGUCCAGCAGCUGAUAGAGGAGCCCAUCUUCUCUUUCUACUUGAGAAGAGGAGACGACAACGAGAACGGCGGCGAGUUACUCCUGGGAGGCAUAGACCAUUCCCUCUACAAAGGGUCAAUCCACUGGGUCCCAGUCACUGAGAAGAGCUACUGGCAAAUCCACUUGAACAACAUAAAGAUCCAGGGCCGGGUGGCACUUUGCUCCCACGGCUGCGAGGCCAUCGUUGACUCCGGCACUUCUCUCAUCACUGGCCCCUCCUCGCAAGUCAAACGGCUGCAGGAGUACAUUGGGGCAAGUCCCUCACACAUCGGAGAGUUUCUUGUAGACUGCAGGAGGCUGUCCAGCCUGCCCCACAUAAGCUUCACCAUCGGCCACCACGAGUACAAGCUGACAGCAGAGCAAUACAUCAUCAAGGAGUCUAUCGAGGACCAAACCUUCUGCCUGAGUGGCUUUCAGUCUCUCGACAUCCCCACUCGCUCCGGCCCGCUCUGGAUCCUAGGAGACGUCUUCAUGUCUGCCUUUUACUGCAUCUUUGACCGUGGCAAUGACAGAGUGGGAUUUGCAAAAGCUGCUCACAGGGAGGAUCACGACUGAGGCCCCAUGGAAUUUUUGCCUGCCUUUGCCUGAAUGUUCAUGUAAUGAUCCUCAACACGUGUGUCAGAAGAGCUCUAAGCAGUGCGCGGCACCGCAGUGCAGUUGUGCUGUCUUGUGUUGGCUUUCAGUGGCUUUGGGGUGAUCCUUAGCCCAGAUUCUAUGCUUGGGUUCAAUGGCUCUUUGUUUACAGCUGAGAAACAGGUUUCUCUGAGCAACUGAGGGGUGCCAGAGCUGUCAGAUCUGCAGAAGAGCAGGGGAAACAGCAAUGUUGAAUAGUGCCAGGCUGCCAGGACAGCAGUUACGAGUGGGGGGCACCAAUCCCCACCCCAUCUGCUCCAUGGGUUCUUUUCUUCUUGCAUGCUGGUUUCCACCUCGUUUCCUGCUGACUCCCACCAGGGUAGGGGUUCUGUCCAACACUGUUUCCUUAGUGCAGCAUAAGUUCCCUUGCCUCAGUCACUUCAUCUCAAGAAGAACCCAACCAGUGCCUGUGUGACUGUGAAAAGAAGAACCCAACCAGUGUCUGUGUGACUGUGAAAAGAAGAACCCAAGCAGUGUCUGUGUGACUGUGAAGAGAAGAACCCAACCAGUGUCUGUGUGACUGUGAAAAGAAGAACCCAACCAGUGUCUGUGUGACUGUGAAGAGAAGAACCCAAGCAGUGUCUGUGUGACUGUGAAGAGAAGAACCCAACCAGUGUCUGUGUGACUGUGAUGCUUUCCACUGCUCUUCCUUGCACACAAUUCCCUUCCUUUCUCCAUCUUUCAAACCUGCUU